AUGGCAAAAGAUGGAGAGGUUGUGAAUGUUACCUAUGUUCCUCACUUUAUUCAAAUAAUGAGAACUUCUUUCAUUCAGGCCAACGAGGAGGAAAACACAAUGACAGACAAUUUCUAUAACUUAUUGCAAAUAUUACAACGUACCUUCAUCAUUUUGAAAUUUUGGGCGAUCAGUAUUCAAGCAACUGCAAAAUUGUAUGAUAUUAUCAUCAAUGAAGGAUAUGGAUUGGAAAAAGGUUUAGAAACCUAUUGCAAGUCUUUGACUUCGGAGCUUGAACACUUGAGACAGCCAGAAAAUCCAGCCUCCGUUAUUAGUUAUUUGACAUUGAAAUGUGAAACUCUACUUUUAAAAUAUAUUCUUAUUCUGGACAACUUGAAACAUAAAUUAAGAAAGGAAGGAAUGAGAUCGUGUAUGAUUGCUGAGAAUUAUUUACAAAGUAUUACCCAUGAACCCAUAGAAGACAACCUUUCAGAAUCAGAUGUAUAUGUUAUUUCUCCAAAGCAUCUCGAUCAAGAAAAAAGAGAAAAAUAUACGGGACUCGAUGCGAGUAACCAAAAUAUAUUACCUCUCAAAUGCUUAAACAAUCUACUAUUAGAGUUGCAUGAUUCUGAGAGAAAUUACUUUUCUGCUGAAGAUGCAAAUGUCACUUUGUACAUGGAAGAGUUGUUGACUGAAGAAAAAGUUUAUCCUAACAGCAUGCCUGAGCAAGCUGUCAAGAUGCAAUUUGAUUUCUUGAAGACAUCUGUGUUGAUGUACAAGCUGAGGGACUAUUUUUUAGACCUUAGCUGCAAUGGAUCAAAAUUAAUGUUGCAAGAUGAGGCAAAAAUGGAAGACUUGUACAAUCACAUUAUUUUCAAAAAAGCCAAAAGAAUUUAUGAGAAACAGCUGAAAGGACUCAUUUCAACCUUAGAGCAAAAAUCAACAAAUGACAUCUAUGAUAUGGCUAUUCAACAAAAGGCAAAGAAGAAAAAAAGAAAAAAGAUCUUAGAGACAAGCAAGUAUAUGAAAGAAACAUAUGCAAUUCUCAAGAAAGAGCUUCAUGAAAUGGAACAGCCACCAUUGCAUACUGAGAAAGAUUCAUUCGAAGAUUCGAAAGUACAGAUAUUUCAUUCAUUUUUGAAUAGGAUUUUGACAAAUGCUGGAAAAACUAGCUCCAAGAAUGGAGAAGCUCAAAUAACGAUCAAUGAAAAGGACCUAGAGAAAGCGUUGGAGGAAGUUGGACAGAAAAUUCAAGAGUGGAAGACUGAGUACAUUAGAUUUUUAGAGUAUAAAUCAUAUGAGGUGAUUGACCACUUGAAACGAAGUCUAUUCACAUCAGAGCAAAAAGUCAAAUUUUUACUCUACAAGAGAGAUGUAGACAGAAAAUCAUUGAAGCGCAGAAUUGACGCGGAAGUGGAUGACAAAAAUUAUGAUUUGGUGUUUCUCGUGAAUAAUAUACUGUGGAAAAAUAAGGAACUCGAACAUCAGCUAAAGGAGGUAAAAUCGCAAGUUCGAAAUGAAUUAAUUCAUGAAUAUGAGGACCUUGUUAGAAACUUGUACAAGGAGCUCGUUUCAACAAAUGGCAAAGUUGCAAAAUUCAAAAAAGAUUUUCUUCAAAAUCUUGAUCAACGGUUUUAUGAAGUACGUGAGAACACAUUUUUCGAAAUUGCCACGCAGAAAGAUAUUGGAGAUGCCUCAUUCAAAAAGAAGGCGCUCGAAGUAGCCAUGGAAGAUAGCGAAUUGAACAAGUUGAGACGAGAGAAUGAAGAUCUUAAAGUACAGCAUACACAGUUGCAGUCUCUCUACAAAAUUCGACUCAUCACUCUUCAAUCAAAAUAUGAAAAGUUAAUAUUGGAGGCAGAGAAAAAGAGGGAUGAAGCUCUCAAGGAUUUCUAUGCCAGUAAAUAUGAAGUUGGGCUCAGAGAAAAUCAAUUGAGACAAGAAUUAUUGAAAACACAACAACAGCUCAGUAACGCAGAGAUGGAAGUUGAGCAAUUACGAAAAGAUCUUCAACUUCAAAUCAAGAACAAACAAAAAUUAGUGAAUUGGAAAGUUAAAAAUGCACAAUUACUGGAAGAGUUAGAGGAGAAGGUUGAAAAGUAUGAAAGAUGGAGUCACACCAAUGUGGAUAAACUUUUACUCGAGCUUGAAGAAAAGAAGAGAGAAGCAGGACAUUAUGAAAAGUUGAAGGAGCGUAUGAAAGAAAAAACCAAUGCCAUCGAUUUCAAGAAUCAAAAGACCAUUGAAACUCUGAAAAAGAAAUUAGCAAAAGAACAAGCCAUGAAAUCCAAACUCAUGGAACAGCUCGAAAGCAUGAAAGAAAAUUAUGAAGAAUCCUCCUGGCAAGCGAAAUAUUGGCAACUCAUGAAUGAAUUGCAACAAGUUCAAAAAGAAAACGCCUCUCUCAAAAUCAUGCUCGAAACAAAGACCUCUUUCACUGAGCCGAAUGUGGAUUCUGAACUUGAAAAUCCACCCAUCGUCAAUUUGGACGGUAACAAUGCUGUGGUUCAUACCACUCCCUCACCUCCAAGCUCUGGAAGAAAGACGGCCUCUCCCUCCACUCUAUUGAGGCCAAUAUCUGAGGGAGACACUCCUGCUGCCAUGUUUCUCAUUGAGAAUGCACCAAAGAAGAGGCCUUCCACAGGAGCCGUUCGAGCUAGAGCUGCAAAUAAUAACAACAAUGCGCAGAACCAAACAUCCACCAUCAUUCAACAACAACUUCAACAAUUCAAGAAAGUCAUGACUCAAUCCAAUGCGAGCAGUAUUACCAAUCAAUCCACUCCGAGCGCACGACCUCUCACAGUGCUUCCUACGUAUGGAAAGGGUAUGUUUGGAGGAAUGCCAUUGCAGCAAAAACGAAGAGCCAUGUCUGCAGGAACCAAAACUCGAAAGCAUCAGUCCCAACCUUCAACCACCACCACCACCACAGCCUACACCUCACCUACGACGAACAUGGUCUCUGAAUAA